UUCUAACUCGACCAAGCAUCACUGCACUUUUUGUCUUUAACCCAAAAAUGCUUGCCCCUCUCGCGCUCAACACACAGUCGUUUAGCGACCAAGCUCGGCUCCACCCUCCAAUUCCAAUCCCGUCAUCUUCACGCCUACAAAACUCCACCAUCCACUUCCUUUCUCUAUCUUUCCCUAUCAAGGCGUGUUAUUCGGAGUCCAAAUCGACAUGGAACAAGGGAUUUGGAAUUCGUAUCUGUUUGAUAUUCUCAGCGAAUAGAAUUUUGUUUCCUGUUUUGACUUCUGGGUGUGCACUUGCGUUCUUAUUUUUUGGACUGGAGGGAUCCACAUGUACCUUUACCGAAUCCAUUUUACGUAAUUGUGGGUUCCGCACAGGACUUUUCACGUCUCCUCAUCUCAUUGAUAUCCGGGAAAGAUUUCGUUUGAAUGGUGUUGAAAUAUGUGAAGAGAAGUUUUUAACUUACUUUUGGUGGUGCUACAAUAGACUCAAGGUAGAUGUUGUAAUCUUAGAGGUUGGAUUAGGCGGGAGGUUUGAUGCAACAAAUGUGGUUCAGGCACCUGUUGUAUGCGGUAUUUCUUCUCUUGGGUAUGACCACAUGGAGAUUCUUGGGAACACUCUUGGGGAAAUUGCAGGGGAGAAGGCUGGUAUCUUUAAGCGUGAGGUUCCAGCUUUUACAGUGCCUCAGCCUGAAGAAGCAAUGGGUGUACUUGAAGAGAGGGCUUCUAAAUUGGAUGUACAUCUUCAAGUGGCACAGCCUUUGGAUGAAAGCUUAUUAAAUGGCCAAAAACUUGGGCUUGAGGGUGAGCACCAGCAUAUAAAUGCAGGUCUUGCAAUUGCACUAUCUUCAACAUGGCUUCAGAGGACAGGUCAUCUUGAUGUUAUCAACCUGAAUGAGACUGAAGUGAAUUCUUUGCCUGAACAGUUCAUCAAAGGUCUAACUACAGCCAGCUUGCAAGGACGAGCUCAAAUUGUAUCCGAUCAAUUUAUUGACGCUGAAAGUCCAGGAGAUCUGGUGUUUUAUUUGGAUGGAGCUCACAGUCCUGAAAGUAUGGAAGUAUGUGCUAGAUGGUUCUCUCUUGCAAUUAAGGAAGACAAUCAGCAACGAAACUUGAAUAGUCCGAGUCAGGAUUCUGGAUCCUCGAAUGAACUGACACCGAAGAACCAUGAUGAAAUAUCGAGGAAGAACUCCCAACAGGUAAGCCAGACAAUUAUUAUUUGUUUAAUUUGCUGAAAUUCAGGAAAUAAC